AUGGCGUCGCCUGACCAGUCUACUCCCCCUACUUCCAUAGCUUCAUAUGAGGAGCCGCCGCCGACCAUCCAAUUUACAAACAUCGAAGCGCUCUGCCAGGCAAUCGAGGAGGUUUCUGGAGAUUUUCUAGUUGUUCAAAAUGUUUCUCCUACCGAUUUCGAGGAGAUCAAUCGCCAAGAACCCCGACGAUUUCGUCUACGCCGUUACCAUGCCGACAAAGAGAUUCUGAUUAUCACAAUCCCUAAUGAUUUGCAUGAAGCACUCCACAUCGGGAUCUACCGAAGAUAUGAUUAUCAACUUGGGCCAGGAGGGAUAGAGAGCUGGAGAUCGAUUGGGAGUACUACCCUUCGACCAAGAGGUCACCCCGGAGGCGAUGGUGGUGAAGGUGAUUCAUGUGGUGGCCCAAAGCCAGCACGCAACCACAAGGGUGCUUGGCCAACCCUAGUCAUCGAAGCUGGGGAUUCUGAGUCCUUAGGUGCCCUACGAGAUGACAUGAGAUGGUGGUUUUCCGCAUCAGACCAUCAGGUUAAUAUUGUCCUUCUUGCCAAGUUUGAUCACUCUAAUCAGCGGAUUAUUAUUGAGAGAUGGGAAGAAGAAAUCCAGAUUCGCCCUGGUGCUACAACAACCACACGAGCAGCUUCUAGCGCCGUUCAGCCUGUAUUACGGCAGAGCAUUAUUAUUACGCGGGAUGCAGCUACCGAUUCAUACCAUGUCGCUAGAAGCGCAUUGGCCCUUUCGUUCCGGCUUCUCUUUUUACGAGAUCCAGGUCCACAGGAAGGAGAUUUCAUCAUAAGUAUCGCAGAUUUGAAGGCUUACGCACGAGAUGUUUGGGAGGUUGUUUGA